GGCUGGGGAUUCGGUCUGUGUGCGGUGUAAUGUUGUCACUCUGCUUUCUGUGGUAGUUUAACUAAUCUGGUUAUUGAUUGAUCAGUGUGCAAGCAGAGAGCAGCCCAGUGUCAGACACACGGGGAGAGCUGGCUGCAGGGAUCCGGCCCCAUGGCUGCACAUUACCUGGGCUUUGACUUCAGCACACAGCAGCUAAAGGUCAUUGCUGUUAAUGAACACCUGCGGGUUGUGUACGAGGACAAUGUUCAGUUUGACAAAGACCUCCCAGAAUUUGGGACACAAGGUGGGGUUCGCAUUCACAGCGACAAGCUGACGGUAACAUCUCCGGUGCUAAUGUGGAUUAAGGCACUUGAUAUAAUCUUGGAGAGAAUGAAGUCAUCGGGGUUCAACUUCUCUCAGGUCAAAGCUUUGUCAGGAACUGGCCAGCAGCAUGGCAGCGUGUACUGGAAACAAGGCGCCCAGAAGGUCCUUCAGACUCUAUCAGCCCAUCUCCCUCUGCACAGUCAGCUGGACUCGUGUUUUUCUAUUACGGAAAGCCCCAUAUGGAUGGAUUCCAGCACAGCAGCAGAAUGCCGGCAUCUAGAGCAAGCUGCAGGAGGGGCACAGGCGUUAGCCGAUAUUACGGGGUCGCGGGCAUAUGAGCGUUUUACAGGAAAUCAAAUAGCAAAGAUUUACAAGCAGAGCGCGGCGGCGUACGCCCAGACCGAGAGGAUUUCCUUGGUCAGCAGUUUCGGAGCUUCCCUCUUCCUUGGAGACUACGCGCCAAUCGAUUGCAGCGACGGUUCGGGGAUGAAUUUACUGGACAUUUAUAAGAAGAUGUGGUCGGAGGAGUGCCUGAAUGCGUGUGCACCGGAUCUAAACGGGAGACUCGGCUGUGUACAGGCGGCGAGCUCCAUACUGGGGUCCGUGUCCUCGUACUACAUCCAGCGCUACGGAUUUCGCGAUGACUGCCGCGUUGUCGCCUUCACCGGGGACAAUCCAGCGUCUUUAGCCGGAAUGAGACUAGAGGAAGGUGACAUUGCGAUCAGUCUUGGCACCAGCGAUACGUUGUUCCUCUGGAUCCAAGAUCCCGCUCCUGCCUUGGAGGGUCACAUAUUCUGCAAUCCAGUUCAGGCUCAGGACUAUAUGGCGCUUCUGUGUUACAAAAAUGGCUCCCUGAUGAGAGAGAAAAUUAGAGACUGCUGUCCGUCGGGCUCCUGGGAAGAGUUUUCUAAAGUGCUGCAAUCAACUUCGCCCGGGAACAAUGGCAACAUAGGUUUUUAUUUUGAUGUGAUGGAAAUCACCCCGCAUGCUAUAGGGAUCCAUCGGUUUAAUGCUAACAAACAAAAGGUGUCUGAAUUUCCGAUGGACGUUGAGGUCCGCGCUCUCGUCGAGGGGCAGUUCAUGGCAAAGAGGAUCCACGCAGAGAGACUGGGGUACAAGAUAAUGCCACAAACAAGAAUAUUGGCUACUGGAGGUGCUUCAUGCAAUGAACAUAUUUUGCAGGUAUUGUCGGAUGUCUUCAAUGCUCCCGUGUACACAAUCGCCACGGCUAACUCUGCCUGCUUAGGAAGCGCGUAUCGAGCGGCCCACGCUCUUGCGAUGCAGACAUCAGGAUCCACCUUUGCGGAGGUCGUGAAGCUAGCGGAGGAACAUACGUUAGUGGUGACCCCAAGAACCGGAGCAGAUCAGAUCUACCAGCCUUUACUGAAGCGUUAUGCUGAGUGUGAAUCUAUAGUGAUCCUGGAAUCCCAGAAUAUUUCCAUGAACUGAGACACCAUGCGGAACAUCAGACACCGUCUCCCAUUCCUUACAAUAAUUCUAAUAAACAAAGUCCAAAGAUACCUUUAUCACAAUUAAUCAAAUCAUUUCCAUUGUUUGUAAUUCAUUGUAGUAUGCAAAUCAUUGGAGUGUAUUCCCCCAUGUUUUACUGAUCAGUGUUUGUUAAUAAUCACAAUCGGUUUUUAUUAAACGUUUGAAGAACAUGCUUAUGUUACUUAUAAUCAUAGAUGUAUUGAAUGGUAAAUAUACCCAGAACUGGGAACUCUCCAGGUAUCAUCCAGAAACUCCAGGGGGGGGCAUCGCUUCUCUGGGUCUCCAGGUGACUGCAAUCUCCGGGUUGCAGGAACUGCGUUGAGGCACGAGAUACUUGCAGACCACUCCUGUAAGCACAUUUUUCUUCCAAUUCUGUUUAAAACAUGGCGGAAGGUCCUGUGCCAGACUCUCCAUGAAGAACUUGAAUGCCCAGUGAGUAGUCUUCGUCUUCUAGGGUCAUCUUAUGGGUCCCUCUUCAAGGAAAGAAGACCCCUGACCUCUUCAAGUUGAGAUGGUAAUUAACAAGUCUACCCACCUUAAAAACCCUAAAAGCCAAGACUUUGGGACCCAUCUGCACUACAACAUUGUAUCACCCUCUUAAAAUAAAAA